AUGUCGGCUUUGGACACAGCGACCGGCGGUCGGUAUCGUGAACCACGUCUCGUCGUCGUCGGGCACGCGGACGAUAACUCUGCGUUCGGCAUCCAGGCCGUCUUCUCCGUGGUCAGCUUCGAUCUGCUGCAUCAGUUCCUCGCAGCCUACGUGAGUCGCCUCGUCCUUGGCGCGGUCCUCACCGCCGUCACCAUCCUUCUCUGCCUCGUGGAAACCGUGUACGCGCUGCGCUACGCGAAUGCCAUCAUGAGUAGGCUGAAUGUCACAAAAGCGCUGCUGCGGGAGGCUGGUGGCGUGGAGUACACUACGCACGUUUACGUCGGGUCACCAGGCUCCCGCUGCAGCGUAUUGUGGCGGUAUCUCCUACACACGCGCUUGCUCCAGGACCCCAGGCUGGGGUUCUAA